GGGGCGCGCUCUGGUGGCGCACUGGCGUACUCAGGGUCUGGCAACGGCAACCCUGCCGCCAAGCUGAUGCUGAGACAGCGAUCAUCGCAGUGCUGACCUGACUGAACCUGGCUGGCAGGCUGUCUAGUUUUCAGUUCGUCCUCGACCGCCGCCCGGGAAGUGUCGAGCUCGCUGUCAGCGCUUGUCUUCUUGCCUCCGUGUCAUCCAGUGGAUUCAAUGGAGCUCUCCAAUUUGGGCGACGACGAACUGCUACUCAUCCUCGGCUACUUGAGUGCGCGGGAGCUGCUGAAGUGCCGGGUCGUGUGCCGCCGAUGGAGGGACGCAGCGUUGCAUCCGCAUCUCUGGAGGAUGAAGAGUGUGGAUAGCUACAACACCUUACUAGCCAGCGCUGUUCUGCGUUUGGCCCCCUGCUUGGACUCGCUGACUGCCGGCUCACUUUGGAAUUUUAUAUUUGACAAGAGCGGUCUCCUUCUCGCAUCUACAAAAUGCGCCAUUUCUAAACUCCACAUGACCUUCUCCAUGUCAGACGCAUGCUACAUGGCACUAGUAAUCACCAGGCAAGCGUCCCUUGGUCGUUUAAAGGAAGUUUCUUUGGAACUUUUCAAAGGGAAAGCGGAUUUGCCGUUGUAUAGACUACGUGCAUUCCUUCAGCAAUUGCUUCACACUCCAGGAUUGGAAGUUUUAAAGCUGCACACAGUCGAAGUCGAGUACAUUGGUGACAUGAGUGGUGUUUUGCUCCCGGUUCUUGCAGGUGCUGCUCAAUUUGAAGAUCCAGUGCCAGCGUCUCUACGACAGUUGUGGAUCACUGUUCCAUUUCCUGACCCAUACGCACAUCUGCGCCUGAAGUGGCAUGCGACCACGCUUGAGGUGCUGAAGCUGGCGCGGGCCCUUCCUCCCGCGGCGUCCCUGCCCUCCACCAUGCCGCGUCUCCGGGAACUGGACUGCCCUUUGCUGGGGGGCAUGGCGGUCAUGGCGCAGUACGAGGCCCUGCGGAGUCUGUCCCUUGAGGUGAAGCUGGACGAAUCCACUGUACCCUAUCUGCUCGGUGUAGAGUCAUUCCUUAGAGCAGCCGCGACGCGCCUGGAGUUCGUGCAGCUGUCGUACGAAGCACAUGAAGAGCGUGCCGCUGCGGUGGACUUGGUGCUCAGCCUCGGGGGUACAGGGAAGGCCACCGCAGCGCUGGAAACCCUCCUCUUCUCCUUCGAUGCCGAUAUCCCUACUCCGCCUCUACAGCUGCGCCCGUUGACGGCCAUCCUCCACCGACUGUCGCUCCUCCGCACACUCAACAUCGGUGGCGUGCCGUCGAACGCCUUCUUGACUGCGUUGGACGGCGAGGUGCUGCCGCAUCUUCGGAAGCUGAGCAUGAAGACGCCUGAAGAUUCCUGCCCACACGUGGUUGCACACAGCGAGCCGAUUAAGAAGUUGUUGCAGAGUUACCCGCUGCUGCACAUCAGGAUUUCGGACGAAGGCGAUUACUUCGACUGUGAGGAUUUCUGUGAUUUCUGUGCAGGGAACAAGUGCCAUCGUAUACCAGACUACUCAGCGAGUGUCGUUUUCAGCCACCCGCUGGAGGACAGCUGUGAGGUGAUCCACGAUUUAAAUAGCUGUUAUGAAAUCCACCUGAGUCUGUCAGAGGUUGAAGUCGACGCUUUGUAGUCCUGCUUGUUGGCAACGCGGCACCGGGUGGUGACAAGUUUCAAUCGUCAGUGUAGUGAUUUGCGCUUCCGAGUGUUCGGGUCCAGGCGGCGAGAUUCUUUUUCGAUUCUUGCAAAGAAGUGGCAAAGCUUGUCCGGUUUGAAGGUUUUUACACAAGCCGUUUCUAUCUAGGAAUGUAUUUUUCAAUGUAUGUCUAUUGCUAACUGUAUCAAUAUAUUGUUUACAUGUUCAGUUUAGUUUUAUGUAUGCUGAUAGUGCCUUUUGGUACCAUUGUUCGGGUGGUAAUCAUAUCUGUUUGAAAUAUUAUGAACUUAGCAACAUUACGAGAGAUCAAUUUGAAUAAAU